AGGGCCGGGGCUGUUUUCGACUCCUCUUAACGUGGAAUUUAAAGCUGUUCGGGUGAUGUGUUAAGUUAGUGCCUAUUUAGGGACUAAGGCACGUAGAAAAGCAGCACCUUUUUCUGAGUUUUGACUCAUGUCAUGUCCAGAUCAUUCGUACAGCUUCGAGAUACUGAUUUCUCAGCUUGUGACGUAAAGGAAGACCGUGUGUUUGGUUCGUAUGGCCAGCAUACGAACCAGCAGAAAUUUUCAAAUUGUGUCCUAGGGCUUCCUUUCAUUUGUGUCACUCCUGUUGGAAAAUGCUGUACCGUGCCUGGGUAGACUAGACAUCUAAUAAACGGUGUAGGUAUUCUCUAAAGGUGACAAUUUUUCCAGGUGAUUAUGGUGCUAUUGGAAAUAUUGGCAGCAGUAGAAAAUCCCUUCAGCUUAAGGACAGGAGACACUGGCAGCAAGUUUCGAUUCUUAAAGGCAAAGUCAUAGAAUCAUUACAUGUUAGACUUGGAAGAGACCAUACAGGUGAAUGAUUCACCUCAAUAAACUUAUAUGGUAGUGAGCACUGUUGUCCCAAGGGGAAGGGGUCCCCUGUUAAGUCAGAUCUGUCCUAGAUGACAGCGGGGUGCUGUACAUUACUCUGGAUCUGGAAACCACUGUUGUUUUCGUUGGGUCAAACAGGAACACGCCAGCACACAUUUUUAAUGUCCCAACCGUUUUCAUCUGUGUCCUAGUCACCUUUAAAUAAGGCAGAUUUGUGGAGAGACCUCAGCAAUAUUGCUAUUUACUGGAUGUAAGUCAACAGGUGAGUGGAAGAACCAGGAUCCUCAUUCCUGUGAUUUAAUUACUGGGUGGCAUUAUGCCCUGGAAAGGAAAACAGCAGUAAUUGGCACCCAGGAGAUAUGGGAGACUUGGUACCCACCCGUGGAUAUCGCCGGCUUGUCAUAAAACAAAUGUUUGCUGCCAGGGACAUUUGGUACGUGAUUCUCUAAUGAUUUAGAGAAUCUAACUCGAAUCUAGUCGAGUGUUGCAAAGUUCUGUCCCUUUUAACCUUCAGCCUUUUUGAUUGGUGCGGGGAAGCCUGUGCCCACAGAAGGAGAUCUGCACUAAACAUAACCGCGCCUGGGGCAGAUCACCGGAGCUGAGGAGUUGCUGUUCUUCCAGCCUGGCUCACUGCUUUGCCUCUGCCUCUUCCUCGGUAUUUUUAGUAGAUGACCCACUGACUUUGUGACCUUUGAGGCAUACUUUCUUGUCCGUUACUUGAAGCUUUGCUGGAAGAUUUGUUCAGGAGACGUUUUGCAGUCCUCUCUUGCGCGUUUAUUACUGGAAAUAGCUGAAAGAGACCAUUUCUUGAGGAUGGUCCUGACAGGACCCAGUUAUCCCCCUCUUAGACGCUCUGUCUUCUCUCUGUUAUGUCUUUGGCUACGUGUUUUGCUGGGGAGAAUCAUUUUGUACUUAAAACAACUCAUAUAAGGCACUUAAAUCAGCCCCCUUGGCUCUUUAGCUUCCGUAACUGCAGUGACAGGCCUUGUGUGUAUGUGGGUACAGCACUCCACACCUGGCUCUCCCUGUAGCCCGAUGCCCACAAGUGAUGCCGGCAGCAGCUGUUGUGGUCCAGCCAUACAUUCUGCGUUUCUGGCACCAAAGCUCAACUGUAUCACUGAAUAUUCUGAAUCCUGGCCAAGGACUCGGUACACAGAUUCCUGUAGGCAUUUACAGGUAAAGUGACUUCUGAGGACCGAAGAGUUUGAUGACACAAGACCACUGAAUUUCUUUGUUUGGAGUCCACGUUAUGAACCCUUUCUGGAGCAUGUCUGCAAGCUCUGUCCGCAAACGAUCAGAUGGUGAAGAGAAGGCAUUAACAGGAGACGUGGUAACCAGCCCUCCACGCGCCGCUCCAAAGAAACAGCUACCUUGUAUUCCCAAAAACGCUUUGCCCAUUACUAAGCCUACAUCCCCCGCGCCAGCAGCACAGUCCACAAAUGGCACACAUGCUUCUUAUGGACCCUUCUACCUGGAAUACUCCCUUCUUGCAGAAUUUACCUUGGUUGUGAAGCAGAAGCUCCCGGGGGUCUACGUGCAGCCAUCUUACCGCUCUGCAUUAAUGUGGUUUGGAGUAAUAUUCAUACGGCAUGGACUUUAUCAGGAUGGUGUAUUUAAGUUUACAGUUUACAUCCCUGAUAACUACCCAGAUGGUGACUGUCCACACUUGGUGUUUGAUAUUCCCGUCUUUCACCCACUCGUCGAUCCCACCUCAGGUGAAUUGGAUGUGAAGAGAGCAUUUGCCAAAUGGAGGCGGAACCAUAAUCAUAUUUGGCAAGUUUUAAUGUACGCACGAAGAGUUUUCUACAAGAUUGAUACAGCAAGCCCCCUAAACCCAGAGGCUGCAGUCCUGUAUGAAAAAGAUGUUCAGCUUUUCAAAAGUAAAGUGGUUGACAGUGUUAAGAUGUGCACUGCUCGUCUGUUCGACCAACCUAAAAUAGAAGACCCCUAUGCAAUCAGCUUUUCUCCGUGGAAUCCUUCUGUACAUGAUGAGGCCAGAGAGAAGAUGCUGACUCAGAAAAAGAAGCCGGAAGAACAGCACAAUAAAAGCGUUCACGUUGCUGGCCUGUCAUGGGUAAAGCCUGGUUCGGUGCAGCCUUUCAGUAAAGAAGAGAAAACGGUAGCAACUUAAGCGCUGGCGAAUCCGGUGCCCCGUGCACUUUCCUGCCGGAUGCGGGCCUGGUGAGAGCUGACCGGUGGCAGAGGGCCGCCAGAAGAGUAAAACUGUGCGAACAAGGACUGCUAUCUGUGUCCAUGGAUGCUUAGGUUCUAACAGCAAGUUUUGGAAACCUCUCUUUAAGUAAUGCAUUACUUCUGUCAGAAGUGUCUUUAGGGUGGUUAACUAGUUCAGUACUCCAAAUUAUUGGGGACCUCGAGGCUUAAGUAUUUUUCUGAAUAUAAUGCUAAAGGUAAGUUACAUUCAUUUACACUAAUAGAGUAGACAGUUGGGCGUGCUAUCCAGUGGCUUUACCCCCAUGGUUUCAGUUGUACAUAUGUUAGGACGCGGGAAAGAGGUAGAGAGAGAGCAGGUUCCGUAGCUUAUUAGCACUUGUAAAUGGAAGAUCAUCUGAACCUCAGUCUUCAGCCUACUGUCUCCCUGAUUUACCAGCCCCUGUCAUCACUGAGGUACAUGUUAGGGAGGGAGAGGAAACCAGAACACUUGUUCAUAGUGGUUUAUUUGUUUUUUGUUUUUUUAAGCAAAUUACUUACUGUAUUUUUAUGGCAGGAGGGAGAGAAAGUGUUAAAACGGUUUCUAAUGAAGUCAGAUAUUUAAAUGAUGAAUGACUAAUGUGUUUUGUAGAGACAAAAUAAACCAAUAAAUGAUU